GUGCCAAGUUUAGGACAGUGGCCAACUUCUUUCGCCGAGAGCGCCAAACCGCGACCAUGCGUGCUGUGCGCCGGGCCAAAGGGGGUUGAACCACAUGCAAGAUGUCAAUCACUGUCCUUGUUUUGUUAUUGGCGGUCGCUGCAGUAGCCGGUGGCACGCCUGUGCAGCACGAAUGGCCUUCCUGGUUUGUCCAGGAAGGGUCGCCUCACGUACUUGGCGCUGGGAGUAGAGGGCUGAAGCAGCAGCAGCAGCAGCCAGCAGGAGGGCACUGCGGGCCGCUCACCAAGGAGCUGGUGCUGGGUGUGGCCAAGGAGAACACGGUGCUGGUGACCGUGAUCGACAAGAUUGUGUGGGCGCAGCUGGGGCCCAGCUAUGUGGAUAACGUGCGCGCCGCCAACAUCAGCUACUGGCUCAUUGCGGCGCUGGACCCCGAAACGUCGCUAGGGUUGGGGUCUAUGGGGGCGGUGGGGCACUGCUUCAACGCGCCCGCAGACCGCCUGGUGUACAAGGGCUCAGAUGCACAGUACAAGUGGGGCAGUAACCACUGGACCCAGACCACUUGGAACAAGGUGCACAUGAUGAAGGCGGUGUACGAGUUCGGUGUGCAUAUCAUCCACUCGGACACGGACGUGGUGUGGUUCAGCGACCCACUGCCCUACUUCGCCGCGCGGCAGCGUACCAGCCCGGUACACGUGGUGAUCGCCACGGACGCCGUGCAGACGCAGAACGUCAAGGGGGACACGGGGCUGGAGAUAUCCACCAACCCACACACGAACAUCAAUACAGGCAUCUACUUCAUGCGGCAAUGGCCCGGCGGGCUGGCGUUCUUCGACGUGUGGCUGUCUUUUCAGCCCAAGAACGUGGGCCACGACCAGGACGGCUUUAACACGCUGGCCCGCGGCCACUUCUUUCGCGGCGACCCCGCCAUGCCCAAGGCGGUGCUGGGGCCCGACCCCAGCGCCCGCCUCUACUACGCCGCCUUCAGCAACACCACCGCCAUCUCCUUCCUGCCCGCAUCCAUGUUCGCCAACGCCUACACCUACGUCAACGCGCGGCUGUGGGAGAAGCUGGCCCACCCUCUGUACGUGGUGCACUGGGUGUGGGGCGGCAGCACCAUGGAGAGCAAGCGCCAGAACAUGCGCGACGCAAUCAAGUUCCACGACCCACCUGAAUACUACACCUCGCCAGACCUGGUGACCUUUGACCUGGACCUGCUGCCGAUGCCUGUCGGGUUCAACAACUGGGAGCUCCAGCGCACUGAGGAGAUGAUCCGCUUCCACGUCCAAGCCGCCAACUAUCAGCUGCAGCAGGCCUACUACGCCUUUGCCAUCGCGCUCAUUGCCAACCGCACGCUGGUCAUGCCGCGGUUCCAGUGCUACUGCUCUAAGAACUGGUACCAAACUCAGUCGUGCCGCAUCAACCACGAAACCGCCACCACGUUUCCCUUCACCUGCGCGCUGAGCCACGUGCUGCGUGCCAAGAAGCUCAACACCGGCCAGUUUGCCCUGCCGCCCGACGCCACUGAGUAUGCGGGUCACAAGGUGCUGGUGCGCGAGUACUCCUUCCUGGACAACCCCAAGGUGCCGGACGACAUGAAGAAGUCGUUUGUAGAGGUGGUUCCGUCGGCGCUGCCGCGCCCGGGCGGCCUAAGGCUGGACCAGCUGGUGCUGUCCACCGAACCCGCGCCGCGGGGACACGGUCGCCGUGUAACUGUGGCGGCGCCGCUGUCGGACCGGGAGCUGCGGGCCGUGCUGGCCAACAUCAGCACAGCGGCGGGCGGUGCACGUGUGCUGCACUUCCCGCAGCCCGUCCGCAUCUUCAGCGGCUUCAACAACCACGCCACCUGGGACCGAUUUGACGAGCUCAUGCAGCGCCACACCACACACUGGUGCUGCCGCAGCCCGCCAGACAUGAAGGCCUACAACCUGACGGAGCGGCUGCAGCUGGUGGCGCUGCCGCCCGAGCGCUACAAGAGCCUGCCGCCGCUAGAGGCGCGAACCAGCUACCUGCACACACUGGGGCCAUGGCAAGGGCUCAGCAAAGGGACGUAGCGCUGCCCACUGACAAGUGUGCGGUGGUUUCAAGAAUACACUAGCGUAUGGACAGCGUGGAAGAUGCGAUGAUGGGAAGCAAAGGGCAAGUCCGAGAGUCGCGCAAUGUUGCAGGAGUAUGUGUGUAGAUGGGUAGGUGCGUGUGUCUGGCGGUGCGGGGCUAGAGAAGCGAGAAGACAGUGUAGGACUUCAUGGUGUGGGACUUGAACUAGGAAGGAAUCUGACGGUGCUUAAUGA